AUGGGUAAUUGUAUCGGCAAAAAAUCUGCUGCAUACGAUAAACAGCGCCGGCAUUCGUCUGCGACACUUGGCACAUCGUCAAAAUUGUACUGUAAUGAUCAACGGCCUACAAAACAAGUUCCGUCAUUAGUAUUAGCCUCCCCGUCAAUAUUAAAUACCUCAUCGGAGCGAAAGACCAUUUUUCUUUCUCAUUUCUCCGAUGUACAACAAGCGAGUGUAACAUGCAAUGAUAAUGACGAGAGUAAAAGAAAAUCGAUUAUUCAAUAUUCAACACCCUCACUUUUAGCUACGAUGACACCAUCGACUAAUGAGCCCUAUGCAUUGAUACAUGCAUCAUCAACAUUGUCGCCUGUUCAAUUGUCCUCUGAAUGUUGUAAAAAAAUUAAAUCGAGCAAUGCGAUGGUAGUCUUUGGUGAAAAUCACAUCAAUCAAGCACUUACAUUGACAACAACUGAACAAGAGAUGACAGUGGGACACCUGUUUAACAAAAAGAAAGAUUUAAACAAAGAAAAUGACAAUAAACAUGAUAAUACCAAGUUGAAUAUUGACAUUGAAAUACAUCGGACCGACAAUGAACAAAAUAAAAGUCAAGAUUAUUUUACUAUUAUCAACGAAGACAAACAACUAAAUACUGAAACAAUGAUCGAUACACAAGAAAUCAUCACAGAAACUCUUGACACAUCACGAUCACCAUCUCUGUUCGAUUCCUCACUUUCUUCUCUUUCACGUAAUACAACACCAUUUUCCUCUCAAGAUCGUUUAAUUCUUUCAUCAUCACCAUCCUCAUCAUCUUCAACAGCUAUCCCACCAUUUGCAUCAUGCAGUCGUUCAACGAAAACCAAUCCUUUCAAUACACACAAUACUUCCCGUUCCUUAACUUAUGCUGAACAAAUCUAUCUCAAUAAUCAAUUGUCGUAUCUUUGCCCAUCUGAAGAAAACUUCACUGCUGUUCUUCCUCCUUCGUCCUUAUCAUCCUCAUCUCGUUCCGUUCAUGAUUUAUUUAUUAACGAGUUUCACCAGAAUAUGGUUUCUCGUCAUUGUAAAACACUUAAGACUGUUAUUGACAAUGUUGUUCAGCAGCAAUUCAUUCGUAUACAUCAAUGUUCAAAAGUUAUUCUAAUCGAACACAAAGAACUGGAAUGUGAAUAUUUAAAACAUGUAAAAAAAUUUCAUACACCGUCCUUAAUCUUCGAUGAACAGCAAAAACUUGUUUAUAUAACAAAGCAUGCACGUUCACUUGGCCUACAAUCGAUCACAUGUACAACGAAUAAUGUCACGCGUUUACCGAAACUUUUCUCUGCAUGUGAUCAUUGCUCAUCUUUACUUUCCGGUUCCAAACUUAACAAGCGUUUACACUCAUUCCUUCUCGUGAACACCACACACAACUUAGUUAAAAUGUGUUUCAACGAAACGAAUAAUAACUCGAUCUUUGGUUACGUCUCACAGAAACAUCCAACAAAAGUUCGACAAACGAUUAUCAAUAAUUCGAAGUUUGCCUACUCUUACGAUCUCGAUAUUGGCCAUACGACACUGUACUUCGUUCUUCGCGUUCGUUCAUGGCCACAAGAUAUUCGUCAAACGUUCGAACAACGGCAACGCGUCUGGCCAGUGAAUCUCGAAAAACUAUUCAAUGAAACUUGUUUUAUCCGAAUCAAUAAUAACAACGACGAAGAUGUUUCGACAACGAACAAAUGUCUUGCUUGUGAAAAACUACUCUCUGUCGGGUCAGAUACCACUUGGUCAUACACCUACGCCGCCAUCGAAGCUGAACUGAUUAGUCUCAUGUCAGAAGAACAAAUUCGUUUCGCUUCCAUCAUGUGGAAUUACUUAAAUGGUAAAACCCAUGGCGAACUUCCAUUCGACAUUUUCAAACAUACCAUUUUCUACUUCUUCGAACAAUAUUCACCUGAUUGUUUCGUUUCCAGUGAUCUACUCAGUCAUGCACAUCUUUUUACUGAUUUUCUUUUUAAUUGUUUACAAACCAAAUCAAUCCCGCAUUAUUUUAAUUCCAAUCAUAACCUUUAUCGAGUUGAUCUAUCCAGCACUUUGUUGAGCACUGUGGCAAUUAAAAUGACAUAUCUAGAUUUAAAAAGCUUCUCCAUUUAUCUUUUACCGUCGUCGUCGUUAUAUCUCUAUCAAUUACUUUAUUUAAUACAAUUUCAAACGAACUUUUUACAAUAUCUCCUUGCUUGUACAUCAUCAAAAACGAAUUCAAUCGAAACGAUCCUCGACACACAUGAACUAGUUAUUAAACAAUUAUCUCGCGGAAUUAAAACAUACAAACGACAAUUAGAUACAAAUCUAUCGAUGAAAACACAAAAGACACUAACACUCGAUUGUUUGUAUCGAUAUCAAGAAGACAAUGUACAGAUCAUUCUCGACUAUUUGCCAUUAUUACGAGACAGGGAACCGUCGUUACUCAUUCAUUCACUUUGGUCUAUGUUUAUUCAAUAUUUUAACUGUUUAUUUGAUGAUCUUUUUAUUUCGUAG